UGGUCACCGCCUUUGGGGCUUUCGGGGGGUUCUGAGGGGAGAAUGGAAGCUCUGGGAAAUUUUGGCCGUCCAAGACCAGCGAAACCCCUCCGACUUCUCCGUACCCACUAGGACCAAACUCAUUCCUUUGGAAAUUUAUCCUCUUCUUCAAACGGUCUCGGUCCUCGCCUCGAUUACAACAUGGCCUUCAACGGCCAAACACCCACGAUUGUCGUGCUGAAGGAGGGCACCGACGCUUCUCAGGGCAAGGGUCAGAUCAUCUCCAACAUCAACGCAUGUAUUGCCGUGCAGUCCACAGUCAAGACCACCCUGGGCCCAUACGGUGGUGACCUCCUGCUUGUUGACAGCAAUGGCAAGCAGACCAUCACCAACGAUGGUGCUACUGUGAUGAAGCUUCUUGAUAUUGUGCACCCCGCCGCCCGCAUCCUUACGGACAUUGCCCGAUCCCAAGACGCCGAAGUCGGUGAUGGAACAACCUCUGUGGUCGUUCUGGCUGGUGAGAUUCUCAAGGAAGUUCGUGACCUCGUCGAGCAGGGCGUGAGCUCGCAGACCAUCAUUAAGGGUCUCCGGAGGGCUGGUGCCAUGGCCGUCAACAAGGUCAAAGAGAUUGCGGUGGACAUGAUUGAAUCGGCAGAGAACGAGGACAAGAAGAUUGAGACUCUCCGACGGCUAGCGGGAACCGCUAUGAACAGCAAGCUGAUCAAGCGCAAUUCUGAUUUCUUUACGAAGAUGGUCGUCGAUGCGGUUCUGACUCUGGAUCAGGAUGAUUUGAACGAGAAGUUGAUUGGUGUGAAGAAGAUUACCGGUGGUGGUCUCCAGGACUCCCUUUUCGUCAACGGUGUCGCUUUCAAGAAGACCUUCUCCUACGCCGGUUUCGAACAGCAGCCCAAGUUCUUCAAGGACCCUAAGAUUGUCUGCCUGAACGUCGAGCUGGAGUUGAAGAGCGAGAAGGAUAAUGCGGAGGUCCGCGUUGAGCAGGUUUCCGAGUACCAGGCUAUCGUCGAUGCCGAGUGGCAGAUCAUCUUUAACAAGCUGGAGGCUAUCUACAAGACUGGCGCCAAGGUUGUGCUCAGCAAGCUGCCUAUUGGUGAUCUUGCUACCCAGUACUUCGCUGAUCGGGACAUCUUCUGUGCUGGUCGUGUUGCUUCCGAUGAUAUGGACCGCGUCUGCCAGGCCACCGGUGCCGCAACCCAGUCGACCUGCAGUGACAUCCAGGAACGCCACCUCGGUACCUGCGGAGCCUUCGAGGAGCGCCAGAUUGGUGGAGAGCGCUUUAACAUGUUCUCCGAGUGCCCCGCUGCUAAGACCUGCACCCUGGUCCUGCGUGGCGGUGCUGAGCAGUUCAUUGCUGAGGUGGAGCGCAGUCUGCACGACGCUAUCAUGAUUGUCAAGCGCGCUCUGCGUAACACCACCAUUGUUGCUGGUGGUGGUGCUACAGAGAUGGAGCUGUCCAGCUACCUGCAUGGCUAUGCCGACCGCAACGUUCCCCACAAGCAGCAGGCCGUGGUCAAGGCCUUUGCCAAGGCCCUCGAGGUCAUUCCCCGCCAGCUUUGCGACAACGCUGGUUUCGACGCCACAGACAUUCUCAACCGGUUGCGCGUAGAGCACCGCAAGAACAAUCUCUGGGCUGGUGUCGACUUUGACAACGAGGGUGUUCGUGACAACAUGGCCGCCUUUGUGUGGGAGCCCAGUUUGGUCAAGGUCAAUGCCAUUCAGGCCGCCGUGGAGGCCGCCUGCCUGAUUCUGAGUGUUGACGAGACGAUCAAGAACGAGGAGUCUGCCCAGCCCGGCGCUCCUUCUCGCGGUCUCCCACCCGGUGCAAGCCAGCGGGCUCUUCGUGGCCGUGGCCGCGGAAUGCCUCGUCGAUAAAUGACUUAAUGCCACUUCUCUAGAACAGAAGGGAAACUCAAAAAAAAGAAUGGAGAGUCUUUGUAAUGACCCGAACCUGGAUACUAGGGACACAGCGUGUGGGCUUGUACUCCGGCGUUUAUUGAACUAUGAGGAAAGAGGAUGAGGUUGACCUGUGCGAUAUGGAGAAAGAAGGAAGCCAUAGAAGAGAGCAGCGUGGUAGACAUCCUCGUACUCGAACUUUGAUUAUAGUCUCCCCGCAGUACAUAUUCAGUCAUAGGACUACUAUCUUUGCU